UAUCUAUCCACAACACAAUAAAUUCCGCAUUCGCGUCAAAACGCGCCGGUGAAUAAUUGAAUUAUAUUGUCGUUGCGGACGAUUAAAUACUAAACUUAGAUUUCAUUUUAUCAGUUCUUGUUCUCUCCGCAACAGGAGAAACACCGCAAAACUAGCUGCGAGUCGUGCGUGACUUGCAAGAAAAAUGGGAAAAUUGAUGAUAUUGUGCCUGGCACUCGCGGCCACUUGUGUGUCCGGCUUUCUAAGAGUGCCCCUGUAUCGCAUGAAAACAGUGCGCAGACACUUUCAGGAGGUUGGCACUGACCUGCAGGUGGUGAGGAUCAAGUAUGCGGUGUCUGGGCCCGCACCCGAGCCACUCUCCAACUAUCUUGAUGCGCAAUACUACGGGCCAAUCUCCAUCGGCUCGCCGCCGCAGACGUUCAAGGUGGUCUUCGACACGGGCUCCUCCAACCUGUGGGUGCCGUCCAAGAAGUGCCACUUCACCAACAUCGCCUGUCUGCUGCACAACAAGUACGACAGCAGCAAGUCGAGCACGUACCGCGCCAACGGCACGGAGUUCGCGAUCCACUACGGCUCGGGCAGCCUGUCGGGCUUCCUGUCGCAGGACGACGUGACGGUGGGCGGCAUCACCGUGCGCGCGCAGACCUUCGCCGAGGCCAUGUCCGAGCCCGGCCUCGCCUUCGUCGCCGCCAAGUUCGACGGCAUCCUCGGCAUGGCCUUCACCAGCAUCUCUGUGGACGGCGUGACGCCCGUGUUCGACAACAUGGUGGCGCAAGGGCUCGUAAAGCCGGUCUUCUCCUUCUACCUCAACAGGGACCCGAGCGCGGCGCAGGGCGGCGAGAUCAUCCUGGGCGGCUCGGACCCGGCGCACUACAGCGGCAACUUCACGUACGUGCCGGUGCACCGCGCCACCUACUGGCAGUUCCACAUGGACGGCGUCCGCGUGGGCGAGCACGCGUUCUGCGCCGCCGGCUGCGAGGCCAUCGCCGACACGGGCACGUCGCUGAUCGCGGGCCCCAGCGCCGAGGUGGAGGCGCUGAACCGCGCGCUGGGCGCCACGCCCAUGGCGUUCGGCCAGUACGCCGUGGACUGCUCGCUCGUGCCCACGCUGCCGCCCGUCGCCUUCACCAUCGCCGGCACCAGCUUCACGCUCGACGGCCAGGACUACGUGCUGCGCGUGACGCAGUUCGGCAAGACGGUGUGCCUGUCAGGGUUCAUGGGGCUGGACAUCCCGCCGCCCAACGGGCCGCUGUGGAUCCUGGGCGACGUGUUCAUUGGCAAGUACUACACCGAGUUCGACGUGGCCGGCAAGCGCAUCGGCUUCGCGCCCGCCGUCUGAACUCCUCAUCACUUAUACUAAUCACAUGUUAGACUUCCCGGCGAUACGAUCCACCCUGCUUUUAUAAGUCCUGUAGUUCUUGAUCCGUGUCGCUUCAUCUAGCUAGUUAAAGUUCUCCUAUCAUAGUGACAAUAAAUAUUUGUCAGAAUAAUCUUGUGCAAUGUUGAUUUUUUUAGUUUUUUGUUUGUAUUUUAGAAAUAAAAAAAACAUCAAAAGUCA